CCCUCCUGGUUCACCUCCACCCUUCUCGCCCGCCGUCUCCUCGCCCUCUCCACCACCGGCAUCGCCUCCACCAUCUUCCCCUCCCCUCUCCCCUCCACCUCACACGCACCCCCCUCCGUAGCCGGCCACUCCAUCUCCCUAACCGAAUACCUCGCCGACUGCGACGCCCUCCUCCCCACUCCCCCCGGUGAAGAAGGCAACCCCACCUUCCUCGCCCUCCGCGUCGCCACCACCUUCCGCAACACCGCCGCAGGCUCUAACAUCUCCCUCUCGCUGGACUGGUGGUCGCACAUCAACGACACCGCCCCGGUCUUCCCGGGUUUUCCUCUCUCCCAGGCUGGACUUCCCCGCGUCACGUUAUUCGGGUACAUUGAGCCGUUUGAGACCCCUGUGCCAGGGGAGGUAGAAGCAGCGUUGAAGAAAUGUUAUCUGCAGAAACAUCCCGACGCGGAGGUGUGGUUGCCCGGGAAGGAGGGCGCCCCGCAUCAGAGCUUCUGGGCGAGGUUGGUCGUGACCCAGGUUUAUUGGAUUGGGGGGUUUGGGGGGUUGCAGCAGAUUGGAUGGUUGAAUGUGACGGAGUGGAAGGGGGUUAGGGAGAGGGGUAGUGAGAAGGGGAUCGGGGAUGGGAGUGGGAGGGGGUGGGCGGAUGUUAGGUUGCCUGGGGAGAGGGAGUAA